UUCAAUAUCUCGUUUGUUCGCUCGCUCGAUGAAUUCGCUCCGCAUAUACACACCAGCCAGACACGCACACAUAUAUUUGCACGUCCACAUCGUUCGAAAAUCACGAUUCCGAUCUACGUAUUCUCCUUUUCUUUUUUUUCUUCUCUGUUUUUCUGUUCUUUCCUUUGUCCGAACGACAACUUUUGCAAUGUGUUGCAACUGCUGAAAAGCAAGAUAUCUCGCGAGAUCCGUUCUCUCCUCUCCCCCCUUUGCUCCAAAGUUCUCACGCGCUCUCUUCAUUCCUGUCAUCGUCUGUUUCAACUGUCAUAGUCACUGCACUAACGCCAUCAACCCUUGGACGUUUUCCUUGUUUGCUUUUAGACGGUAAAUAAGAUUCGUUUGCUCGCUGCAUGGGAGGCAUUAAUUCGCGGAACAUGGAUAUCGAACACGAUCCAGGACUCGCUGCUGUCUUGCAGUAUUUAAUACGCAGCGGUCAAUUACAUAUCAUAUCUUCGGAUCACGAUGACUCGGAUGAGGAAUACGCCACGAAUUCACAGCCUCCAAGAAUUACGUCCUUACCAAAUACAUCCAGACUAGAUAAAAGUGAGAUAAGUCUUGCCACCAAGCAAGCAUGUGGAUUCGUAGACAAUGUCGACAAACGUAAUCUCUCUGUCACGUCGAUGAUACAAAGAAGAGCUCUAGGUCCUAGUUUCAGUACUGGCGAAAGAUGCAGAAUAAGUAGCAAUUUCUUGCCAAAUAAGAUGCAUCAAGUUGAUAAGUAUAGUACCAAAGCGUUUUGCGGUUCUUAUUCCACAGAUGGAAGAUUUUUCUUAACUGCCAGUCAAGACAAAUUUUUACGUCUUUACCGAACACACAAUGGAGACUUUGUACAAUUCAAAACCAUUCCUGCACGAGAUGUAGGUUGGAGCAUUCUGGACACAGCAUUUAGUCCCGAUGGCAAUUACAUUGUUUAUUCCAGCUGGUCAGAAUGUUUAUACUUGUGUCCCGUUUACGGAGAUUCGAGCGCGCAAGAAUCAUUGUCACUGUGUCCGGAGAAUCGACGAUUUUGCGUAUUUUCACUCGUGUUUUCUAGCGACGGUCGAGAAAUUUUAGGUGGAGCGAACGAUGGUUAUCUUUACGUCUAUGAUCGAGAGUGUCAUCAACGUGCUUUCAGAAUUGAAGGCCACGACAAUGAUGUAAAUACAGUUGCUUUUGCGGACAAUACUUCUCAGAUUCUAUACAGUGCCGGUGACGAUGGUCUUUGUAAAGUUUGGGACAGAAGAACUCUGAAUGAAAGCGAUCCUCACCCGGUUGGAGUAUUGGCUGGUCACAUGGAUGGUAUAACGUACAUCGAUCCACGUGGCGAUGGUCGUUAUUUAAUUACCAACAGUAAAGAUCAAACAAUCAAAUUGUGGGACGUGCGUGCAUUCUCUGACCACAAUGGCGAACAAAAUACACGUAAGGCCGUUGCAAAUCAAAACUGGGAUUACCGAUGGCAACGAGUACCAAAACGACUGCACAGAGCGAGAAAUAUGUUGGAAGGUGAUACUAGCAUUAUGACCUAUCGCGGUCACUCCGUUCUUCAAACUUUAAUACGUUGCCACUUUUCGCCUUCAUCUAUUACCGGCCAAAGAUAUAUCUAUACCGGAUGUGCUGCUGGACGAGUGAUAAUUUAUGAUGUCUUAACUGGUAGGAUAGUUAGUAGUUUAGUAGGACACAACGGAUGCGUACGCGAUGUUAGUUGGCAUCCAUUUCAUCAAGAAAUCGUCUCUACUUCUUGGGAUGGUGCAAUUGUUAGUUGGCGGUACGCUGGAAAGACUGCGCUUGAUAAUUCCGGCUUAGAAGAGAAAACUGACGCAGAGUCACCGCCGCGUACUUUAAGACGAAGUCAACGAAUAGCUGCUCAAAGAGCCAAGCACGCGGCCGCGUGUUGAGUCUUAUGGAUUUCAACCGGGAAACUGAAUGUUCUCGGGAGAAUUCAGUCUUUUCGUUCCUACGAGGAAAAAGUUAAUGAUGCCUAGAACGAUGUUUGCGGCAGAACAAUGUUUGCAUCGGUGAUUAGAUUUCAUCGAAAAAUUCAAGAGACUAACUUUUUCUACAAGACUGAGUUUUCAUUGAAUACACGCACCUCUACAAAAUCAGUGCUGCCAUCGGAUUGUUUUGAUUGCCGGUCGAAACCGUAUGCAUAUUCAUAAGACAAUAGACACGAGUACGAGAGAGCGUCGAUUAUGUAACUCAUUCUCGUGAAGUAACCGUAUUUCUUUUUAUUUGAUGUUCGACGGUCGCUUUCCUUUAUGUUAAAUCCAAAUGGAGGAAAAAAAAAACGGGGGCAUAAUAUAUACAUAUUAUUUUCUAUUCUACAGGGAAUAAUCGUAACGCGAUGAUCAAAUGAACACACACACACAUAUGUAUAUAUGUCUCUCUGUAUGUAUAUAUGUAUGUAUGUAUGUAUGUAUGUAUAUUAUUACCUAAAGUAACAAUCAAACUCAAAUUAAGAACGUAUCUUUGUUACGAAGCGAAGGUUUUUUUUUCCAUCUUUUUGUUUUUGUUUUGUUUCUUUUUCCUCUCCUCGGAUCACCCUUAUAUAUAAUCGUUAAAUAAUUUUAUUAGAAAUUUUAAAGGAAAAAUAUCUUCGAUUCGCGUUGUGUUACAAUAUUGCGCUAGUUGUAAGUUGUUAUUUCAAUCUUUGUUUUGCAAAAUAAGUUAUUAUUUAAUCAUAUUAUUUAAUAAUAAAAUACAGACGAAACUUAAUAUCUUUUAUUAUAAAGAAGAAAGUUCGACUUUUCCUCCAUGUGAUUCUUUUUUUGUAACGAAAACGUAAUUUUAUGAUUAACGAGAAAAUGAAAGCGACGAUAAACGGGAAUGAAGAACAUAACGUAAGAGGAAAGAUGGAGUGCAUUUGUGGCUUUACAACAUGUUUUCUUUCCAAAAUGACCAAGUGUGGAAAGAACGUUUUGUGUACAUUUUUCAGUGUAUUUUCAGUGUAUUUUAUUAGGUAUAUUUAAAUGUCGCGUACGAAUUUCCAAAAAUGUACAGAUAUACAUAAAUAUAUAGGAACAUAAUACAGACACUUUACACAAACGCUCACACAGACUUACACACACGCGCGUGUAUAUAUUUAUAUAUACAUACAUUAUGUUAUAUUAAACAUGUACUAAUAAAUUACUAGAAAAUAA